AUGUCGCGCCCCGAGGAUAUCCUCCCGCCUGAUCUCUUCUACAACGACAAUGAAUCCCGCAAAUAUACAACGUCGUCACGCAUUCGGAAUAUCCAGGCUGACAUGACCAAUCGAGCCCUGGAGCUACUCAGACUGGAAUCUCCUUCCUUCAUUCUGGAUGUUGGAUGUGGUUCGGGUCUUUCUGGGGAGAUAUUGUCGCAGGAAUCACCCGAAGAUGGCGGGCCUCACGUAUGGGUGGGCAUGGACAUUUCACCAAGCAUGCUGGACGUGGCCCUGCAGCGCGAGGUAGAGGGCGAUUUAUUCCUCGCCGACAUUGGUCAGGGUGUUCCAUUCCGGCCGGGCAGCUUCGAUGCGGCGAUCAGCAUCAGUGCUAUUCAGUGGCUGUGCAACGCGGAAACAAGCGACGUCAGCCCCGAAGGUCGUCUCAAACGAUUCUUCGAGGGUCUCUAUGCCAGCCUCCGUCGUGGCGGUAGGGCCGUCUGCCAAUUUUACCCUAAAAAUGACAUUCAGCGAAGCAUGAUCAGCGGAGCCGCGAUCAAGGCAGGGUUUGGCGCAGGAAUUCUUGAGGAUGACCCGGGAACCAAGAAUAGCAAGUUAUAUUUGGUCUUGACGGUCGGUGGCGGUGGUCUACAGGGUGACAUUACCGGAGUUGUAAAUGGUAUGGAGGACGUCAAUGUCUUGGAUGCGAGGCGAAAGGCUCAGGAGUUGAAAGGUGCCCGUGGGCGAAAGGGCGACAAGACCUGGAUCAUGAAAAAGAAGGAGCAGAUGGAGAGGAAGGGGAAGGUUGUGAAGCAGAACUCCAAAUACACCGGCCGCAAGAGGCGUGUUGCCUUCUGA